GCCGCUCGUACCUGGUCUGGUUUACGAGCAAGUGUUGUCUUCGAACAAGCUUCUCCGCUCACUGAAGGCCUUACACCACAAACAUAAGGUGGUAGUGUGCAAAAUUUUCCAGCAUCGCGAGUUGCUGGAACCACAAGUACUCAGCGAAAUCGUCUACAUCCUCAAAAAACUACGCAAGC